AUGAAGGAAGUCCUGGAGGUGCAAAGUGAACAACUGGGGGAUGUGCAGGGCCUCUCCGAUGGGAGACUGAAGUUGGGCGCAGUGCAGAAGGCCAUGGGUGUUAGACACGGAGGGCCUGGAGGUGGGAGUAUUCCCUCGGGAUUGUUUGGACAUGGGUUAAGAAGGUCGAGCAGAGUGCAUCUGUCCUUCCAGUGCCUAGUUGAGGCCCAGGCCUCUCCUGUGACCCCUGUUUCCUCAGCAGACCCUCCUCUACACAGCACGGCUAUAUAUGCUGAUGAGGAAGAAUUCUCCAAGCACUGCGGGUCACAUCUCCCCUCAAUUCCUCAAGAAAAAGAAGCAGAGAGAAGUUCAGACACUUCUGAAAUUGAAGCAAGUGAAAACGAGUCUAUAAAGAUAAGUGCCAAAAAGCCAAGAAGAAAACUCAAGCCUAUAAGUGACGAAUCUGAAAGCCCUGAAGAAAGUGAUGUAAGGAGAAAAGUUAAACCCACAGAGAACAUAAAUACACGGCAUGAAGCUGUUUCAGCUACAGCACUUCCAGAACUUUCAGAGAAACCAGCUGAAGCGGUCACUUCUCAGAAGACAGGACCCCAGAGUGCUGAGUCCUCUGCCGAGAAAGCAACGCUAGCCACAGAACGUCAGCUGAAAACUCAGAAGAAUAAGAUGUUUCCUGGCAAAAGGAAGAAACCAAGAAGUGACGCCACAGACUCAGAUACUUCCGACUGUGCACCUAUUUGGUGUUUAAAAGAAAAGAAAGCCAGUGACAUCAUGGAAUUAGAUGUGUUUUUGUCUGCAUUCGAGAACAUUCUCCUAGAGUAUGAACAAAAAAUAGACUCUCGAGUUUGUAAGGCAGCCAUCAACAAAUUUCAUUCUGAUUUGAAAGAAGAACUCAUCAAAAUGCUUCAAGACAUCCAGAUGUUGAAGACUCUGAAAAGGAAGAAUGCUAAGAUGAUCUCCGAUAUCGAAAAGAAAAGGCAGCAUUUGAUUGAAGCCCAGGAUGAAUUGCUUCGGGUAGAACCAGAGCUGAAACAACUACAAAUAAAGUAUGAGGAACUUCAGGAGAGAAAAGCUUCCCUUAGGAAGGCAGCAUAUUUCCUGUCCAAUCUCAAACAGCUUCAUCAAGAUUACUCAGAUGUUCAAGAGGAAGAACCAAGUGUAAAGGAAACAUAUGAUUCAUCCAGCCUUCCAGCUUUGCUGUUCAAAGCAAGACCCCUUUUAGGAGCUGAAAAUCAUCUGCAGAAUAUCAACUGUCAAUUAGAGAAGCUCCUUGACCAGAAAUGAGACCAGUCUACUAAGAUGUGCACAUUUAAGAUUAGUCUCGUGAUAGUUUUAGAAGGUAACAGACAGUAUAUAUUUUUGCACAAAGAUGAGAAGAAAACCUGAACUUUAUUACUAUUAAUUUGAAUUAAAUAUUUUUUAUUGUUAUACAACAUUCUCAGAUAAGUUUAAAAGCAGGAAACUGUCUUACUGUUCAGACUGUUUGUAUGAUCUUGUCACCAGAAUUUAAUAUUGCUUUGUCAUUAAAAUUAAAUGGCUAGGUAUAAUAGUUUUAGAGGCCAUAAUUAACUUUUCUAGUUAACACCAAGUAUAAAGUUUUAAAAUGUUUUAGAAUGACACCUCAUCAGCCCUUAAGCAUACAGAAGCUUUACCCUAAAAAUAAACAUCCAAAAUUAAGCUGAUGUGAACAUAGUUAAUCACAUAAGGAGAAUUCUACUGAAUUUAAUAAGCACACCGGAGCUAAUUUUCAGUAAAACUGGUUUAUUUCAGUAAAUAAGAUUUGGAAGUAAAGUGAUAAAUAAAACAGUUGGUAUAACAGGCUUAUUUAAUAAGUUACUAUAAUUUAAUGGUAGUAAAUCUGCCUUCAUGCAGAUUAUAGCCUAGUUAUAUCAGUGUCCGUAAUCAGCUACUCUUGUAACACUUCUAUUAGUAGUUCAUCAGGAAUUUCAUCCACCCCGCUGUAAACAGGAAGGCUGUUCUCUGCAGCGUCUGCUAAUUCAGCAUCUUCUGCAGCCUCCAAAAUGUAAGUGUCAUCAAUGCCAUUAUCCCAGUCAGCAUCGGGACAUGCACCUUUUGAUGACACGCUAGCUGAUGGUUCACGAGGACCCUCGGUUUCAGCGUUUGCUGCUGUAUCUGUUGCAAACUCCUCUUCCUGUAGUUCCAGAGCGGAGGGAGCACAGAGCAGGAAGAAAAUUAAUCAGACAGAAUGUGUGGUAAUUUCACCAGAUAGUUGAUCUGUACUGAAUUAAGGGAUUCAGUUCAACAGAUACUAAAAUGAACACUGGACGGUACUGUCUCCAAUGCAGCCGUCAUGGGCUCAUCACUGCUGCCUCUGUGGUGCGCUCACAGAGCUCCAGAUUGGGAAUGCCUGCAGCUCCUGUGGCGCGUUCUUUCCAGAGUACACUGACUGGGCCACAGCAAAGGCAGACUGAUAUUCUUUAAAAGUGGAUGGUCUGUAGUCUACCUGAAGGCAAACUGGUAUCUGCUAUCUUAACAGACUGAUUUCUCGAUACAUGGAUUGAAAAGUUUGAGAUAACUGUCAAAGUAUGACUGAUUUUUAGUGUUAAACAGUAUUGUAUCAACAUGGAAUAUCCUGAAUAAUUUCACUAUCAAUGUAUAAGAAUGCUCUUAUUCUCCAGCUACAUGCUUGAAUAUUAAAGAGAUGAAGGGUUUUGAUAUCUGCA